GCAAAUCAAAUGAGAAUAUCGAAAAUCCCCAGGCCUCCCUCAAGCUGUCCCCAUGUUCGCUAAGAAUGAAUGCCGUACAAGGGAAUGAGCACAGCCCUAAAACAGUGCCACCGUAAGAAGCCCCACGCUAAUGCAAUGCGAUGGGAGUUUUAGUGCGAAAACCUUGAACCUGUGAAAAAGGUAUACCAACCGAAUAGUCAAUUGAGAACAAAGAUGGCCACCGCAAGAGACGCACAGCCAAGCGUGCCAGCGCUGCCACCCAAUGUCUCCAUCUUUUCGCCGACAGACCCAAACGCAGCCAAGACCCUGCUGAGCAGCCGCAUCUUUACGCGUCUCGCUAUCAGUGCUCAAACUGAGCCGGCACAACUCACGGCUGCGCUGAAGAACCCAGCACGGCCCGAGAUCAGCGAGGCCUUUUGCCUCAGUCACGGGAAUGCCGUGUUGAUAUUCGACGGUGGCUCAGAAGGUAGCGACCUGGAAGAUUCGCACCACGAGCACUUCCGCCUCGUAUGUCUGGCCCUCAAGGAUGCCGACAUUAGUCUUGAUGUCGCUGGAUGCGUUUUUGAUACCACGGAUGUUUUGCAAGCGGGAUUCCAGCUCGAUACAUUGAGCUCUGGGUCAGUUCUAGUCAUCGACUUGAUGAGUGGAGGGGAUGAUGACAGCUCCGAUGAGGAUGAGGACGACAACUCGACUGGGCAAGGGUUCUUGAUGAGCGGAGAUUCUGGUGCGACAAUCUCAUGAAAUGUACCACUCGUAUCAAUUUGUACGUCCAGGAACAGAACUACCCGACUGACACGAAACGAUGGCAGAAGCAUAUUGUGUCUCCAAGAGAGGAUCCGAUUUGUUAUGGUUGUAGAUAUUAUGUAAAUACAUUCUGUCGUGUAUAUAUUUGACAAUGAUCUGGUUCAAUUGUGGCUAAACCUUCAAAUAAGGAAACACAACGAAUAGGAGUUAAAAGACCGCAGUAUGGGCUUCAUUUUGAGGUUUGUACUGGACGGUCACAAAACUACCACCAGUUCUCUCUCCCGCGUCUUUUCGGUGCCACUAGAUCGCCUAUAAAGUACAUCUAGGCGUGGUGGCCAUGUCAACAUAUCCUAACAUAGAGAAGCUGGCGGUUCUUAGGUAUAAAUCAUUGCGAUAUUGUUUUUUGUCAGCUGUACGAUACAGGGCGAUUGCGUACGAUGUCGUGAUAAGCAGUGGGGUUAUAAAGCGGGUUCU